CGUUUCCGCAGAUGAUCUACUAUAUGGAGGCAAUCCGAAUACCACAUGGCUCGGAGGUAAGCUAGGUGACUCAAAAUCUAGUGAUUUGUUUUGGAAUCAGAUUGCUGAACUAAGGCAGAAAGAAAUAAAGAGUAAGGACACGCACAAGCAUGGUUUGGAUGUAUCGGAGUUAGAUGAGGCAGCUACAGAAUCAACUGAUGGUAAAAAGAAACAAAAGUCGGUUAGAUUUGCUGAAAAUUUGGAUAUCAAAAACGUUGAGAAUAUCAGUGACAGUUUGAAAAAUCCACAACCUUUUAAAAAGACUUCAUUAUUUAAACAAAAUAGGACACACUGUUAUUCAAAUGGCAAUGGUAACACCCCCAUUAAAGAUGAGUCACACGUGAAAGAUAAAAUUGUGGAAGAUACCAUAGUUGAACGAGAUGUUGAUGAAUCACCUAUGAGGGAAAAUAUUGUGGAGGAUACAAUCGUGGAAAAGGAUGUUGACAAUCAGUUGAACAAUGCGGUGUCGAAUAACCCUCCCAAUGCUUCCAAUACUCCAGAAAUGAAAAAUAAACCAGCCUCAAGGUUCAAAGCGUUACGAAAGAAUGUGCCUUCUAAUAAUAAUGGAGCAGAGAAUUUGACAAAUGCGGUUGGAGGCAGAGGUGACAUGAAUGAUUCGAUGAUAAGUGAUAAAGGCUUGGAAGAAUCAUUUGACUCUGAUAUCACCCACAGCGCCAUUAACACUGAUAAAUUUGAAAUUCUGGGAGAAGAAAACAUUGACAAACAAGUUGAGAGUGGUGAAACUAUGAUACCCCCCAAUACACAAUUGGACUACAGUAACAUGCAAGACAUAGAUACCAUGGCGAAAGCAUACCUGAUGGGGAUUUACGAUGACGAUAUUGAUAUUGAUGGCCCAUUAGUUGAAGACUUGAAAGAUUUUGAAGAGCUAAAUAAAAUCAUUGAAUCAAAACACAAAGGAAAGACAAUGCCAGAAGUUCCAAUAGGUGGGGAGGUAUAUGACAAAAACUCCAAUGAAGUAGGAAUGGACUAUGAGGAAAACGAUGAUAUUGAUGAUUAUGACGAGAAUGACGAGAAUGAGGCAAUGAUUAAUGAUAUAGAAGAGCGUGAGUUUGACGAAGAUGAUUCCAACAGAGAUAUUGACGAGAAUGACAUAACUAAUCAAGAAUUGAGUGACAGUUACUACAGGAUGAGAGAAAAGAUGCAAUCAAAACAGAGUUCAAAGCGUCAAGAACUUGGGUUUGAACCCAUGGAUGAAGAGGGAAAUCCUGUUCGAGUCAGUAGGUUCAAAGCAAGGAUGAAUAAAUAG